AUGCCUCCUCCGGCGCUGCCUCCCUACGGUGUCUGGCCCAAGGUUGUCAUCCCCAAGAGCCUGUUGCACCCUGAGAACAUUCAAAAGCUCACAACCCCCCGGCGACUGGCCAUGCACAAAGUUAUUCGACAUCUCACUCCACCAGAGCUUUCAACGAUAUCUCGAACCUCCAACAGCUCAUCGCUUGGUCUCCUCGAUGUCCUGCCCGCAGAGAUUCUCCUCGAGGUGCUACAGCUCAUCGACUUCCAAUCUCUCUCUCGACUCCUACGAACCUCCCUCAGAGGAAAGGAAGUCGUAGAGGCAUUCCGAUUGUAUCAUGAGGUGAUGAGACACUGCCCCAAAGUCCUGGCUGCGCUGGGAGAAACACGCCUUCUCCGACACCACUCUUCAGCUCUCGUUCGACAGGUACUCUCUGAACAGAAAUGCGCCUCCUGCUUCGAGUUUGGUGGUUUUCUCUUCCUCCCAACAUGCGAGAGAAUCUGUCACGACUGCCUCGACAAGAACUACGCUUUCCACUUGACCAGGGUGUCCUUUGCGAAGAAGUGGUUCAACCUUACCGGCAAGGAGCUACGAAGAAUCCCAAUCAUGCAAAGCAUCCCCGGGCGUUAUCAGUUGAGACCCGAAGCUAAGCGCAAGCAUCGUCAAUCCCAUCGGCUUGUCAGCAUCAAGCAGCUCUUGCAGCUGGCCAUCGACGUUCAUGGCUCUCCUGAGAAUGUCGCCAAGCUCAUGCCAACUGAGGACUCUGACAUCGAUGACUACGACUUCAAAAUGCUCGAGCAGUUCCACAAAGCCCCCUUGCAGUCACCCGGUUGCGACCUAUCCAAGCUCCCAUUCGACUACUGCUUAUUCGAUCAAUGGCCCGGGAUGGCGGCCAUUCAAAUGCCUUCUCUAAUCAACUCACACCGCGAUUAUGGACGCGAAUGUCAAGGCUGCGACCUUCUUCUGAGAAGGAAGCGGCUCGGGAUAUUGCCACGCCAGGUGGAGGAGGAGUUUGUCCCGCGCGAUCUAGAUCCAGGAGAGGUACUUAGAGCGAUGGCCUCUCGACUUCGACCACGGGCAGAGUUUGUAGAGCAUCUCCGGCACUGCUAUGGUGUUGCUUGGAUGUUCCGUGAGGAUGGGCCGAACUUGAUACCUGACUAUGAAGGGCAAUGCUAG